UGCAGUGGAGGGAUGUCCUGCUAGGCGGCUGUGCUCUCUGUGAGGCCGGCUCAGACGUGCAGGGGACCCAGGAACAGGAAUAUCCUCCUGAGUCAGUGCCACGACGCUGACACACCACACUCCCCCGGCAGGGCUGCCUCUGCUCCGUUAAUAAGCAUCCUAUGCUAUUCUGCUCAAGAUGGCGGUGCAGGCAGCGGAAAAGGACGGAAUAGUGUUGAAGAACGUGGAGGAUGACCACCUGAACGACUCGCUGGGGAACCCCGGCCUCAUCUCACCUGACAAGGAGGAUAUGUCCCGUCUGCUGACGGUGCCAUUCAGCGGGCGCAUCCGGGGCGGCAUGCGGCCAGGGAAGAAGAUAAUAGUGAUGGGCAUUGUGGAACUGGAGCCAGACAGCUUUGACGUGAGCCUGACCUGCGGCCGAGACUCGGAGAAGAAGGAGGAGACUCCGCAUGACGUGGCCCUGAAACUCACCGCCCGCUUCACUGACCGCCAGUUCCUGCGCAGCGCCUGCAUCUCCGGGAAGUGGACAGGGGAGGAGGCGUCCACCGCCUACUUUCCCUUCAUCCCAGACCAGCCUUUUAGGAUUGAGAUCCACUGCGAGCACCAGAGGUUCCGGAUAUUCGUGGACGGACACCAGCUCUUUGACUUUUAUCACAAAGUAAAAUCUUUGACCUCUAUCGACACAGUACGGAUACAAGGAGAUCUACAGAUCACCAAGCUCGGUUAACGUCCCGCUCCGCCUUCUCUGCAAGUCGUGUGUGAAGCAAGGACUUGACCACAGAUGACCACACACUCACUCACACACACACACACACACACACACACACACACACACACACACACACGUGCGCCUGUUACGUCAUCAACCAUAACCCAUCGCUGCAGCAGCAACAACUGGAAAAAGGCUCCGGCUGUGACAAGUUAGAGUUCUUCUGCUCACAUUUACACUCACUUCUUUCCAUUCCUUUGUAUUGAACCAGGAUCUGAUGUGAUGUUCUUUCAGGGUGAAUGUGUUCGCUUCAUUUUCAGGAUUUUCUCCUUGUAGUCCCAGUUUUGUCAGAUCAGGGAUUUCAAAGCUUAUUAAUAGCACAUUCAUUUUUUAUGCUGAAUCCUUCAGGGGUGCUGAGGUAGAGGCAGGUGUGGAGUGCUUUCAAGGAGGGAAAGAUGACUCUCUGUGCAUUCAAUUAACCACACUAUUUAGUUUGCCAGAAAAGGGUUUAGUAUGUCCAAAUACAAAGACUGUCAAAUGCAGUAUGCCCAAAAAUACCAGGAUGUCCUACUGCAUCCGGUCGCAUUUUGCAGUUUGCAAGCCUUAGUGCUUUUCUCACUUUUCUGACCGACAAUCCUCUGCGCAGCAUAGAUGAGAAAAAGAGGGUCAAGGUUCAAAGAGCAAGUCCAAAUUGUUGCAGACUGCAUGCAACAAUAUGUACUUUACGAGGUCAGCCGCAGAACAUCCGGAAAGUGAAAAGUAUGAAAUUUGGGAUGAGGCAUCAGUAGGUGUAGAAACCAGUUUCUCUGGGAAAAAUAUCUGACUUUGAGACUGAAUAUGACAUUAUGUUAUAAAUCUGAAAUUCCUUGGCAUAUAACAACCUUCCAAAAUGCAUGUUAAAUAAGCUAAAAAUAGACACUGGUAUUAGAUUUUUAUCUUGCAUAACGGUGACAAAUAUGCUGCAAAAUUAUGCAGCAUUGGACCUGAGCAGUGUUAAGAUACUCAAUCUGAGCCUUGACUAAUUCCCACAAGGACUGGAACAUGAUUCAGAUAAAACUGGUUUAAAGCAGAAUGUUUGCAGGUUGUUUGCAGCUUCUGGAUUUGAUUUCACCUCCGUUGAAGUUAUCCUCUAAAACUCAAUCUUCUGAUCAAAAUAGAGCGCAGUAUUACACACUGUUUUUUCUCUGUGCCGGUGUGUCUCCCAACUCCGUAGGCACUCCCCUCACCCUCCCCUGGGUUUACCCAGUUGUCAUGGUAACAUGCUUCAGUCUCCCCGACCUAAAUCCCCCUAAAUGAGGAUUAUAUCAUAACAAGAUGUAGCAGGAAGCGUCCCGUACUGUACACUGCGCGUGUUGGUAGAUUCAGCGAUCAAUGCAACCAUUCUCAACUUGAUAUAAAGUGUGCUGUGUGCUGAACAGGAAGUGGAGCUGAGAGAGGUUAUUUUGGUAGGUGAGGAGAGUGGAGGAAUGGCUUUUAAAUUAGUUUGAAAAUUGGACUUUGCUCUUCGAUGUCCAGCUCACAGAACACAUUUAUUUCAUGCAAACCUCAGCUGAAUUGUACACUAAACCAAUAUGCAACUAAAUCUCUAGAGCCCGACCGAUAUUGAAUUUUUGAGAUGGAUGCCAAUAUUGAUUUCAGAGUCCGAUAUUGUAAUUUUUACGAGCUGGAAUGAAAAUAUACAGUUUUAAUGUAAAUUGUGCACCAAUUUUUUACCACUCUGGAUAGGCACCAAGGGGGCUACUCUCUCAAACAUUGGCCUAAAAAAAAGUAAUAAUAUUUGACAUUGUUAUACAUACAUUAUAAUAAUAAUAAUCUGUAUUUAUAGAGCACUUUUCAAAACACAGGUUGCAAAGUAAUAUUAAUUCCAUUUAUAUAGCGCUUUUCUAGACACUCAAAGAUGCUUAAAAGUGCUUUACAAAGGCAAAUUAAAACAGAUGUAAAACAUUUUUAGUGUAUAAAUACCAAAGCAGUCUAAUAAGAAAAAUGAAAACAUUCUGUGCAAUUAAAAGGAAGUUUAAAGUUAAAGCUCAGGUAAAAUCAGGAAAGUCUCUCUAAUAAAAGUAUAUUUACAAACAUUUCAAACAUUUUUCAUUGUCAGCCAAUUCUAUAAAUGAUAACUGAGAAAUAAAGAAUACAUAGAAAUAAGAUUGUUCGCUAAAUAAACAUAACUUUUCAGUUUUAUGGUCAAUUAUUGACCAUUUUAAAAAAACAAGGAUAAAGAAAUGAAGAACACCAUUUCUUAAUCAUUAAAGCAACAUUUUCUGCAACAUAUAUUGUGUAAAAAAAGUUUUUAAAAUAGCACAGGGACAGCAAAUACACUGAUAUUGAAAGGACAAUAUCAGCCAAUAAUAUCUGUCAAACAAUAUAUUUGUCGGGCUCUAUAAACCUCAUAAAAACAGCUCUUUUCAGAACAUAUUUAGAAGAAAGUGUGCCGUCAUAGUACAGGAUUUAAACUAAAACCUUGAGUCACAUUUAACAGUCAGCUGGUUGUUUGGAAGCAGGGCGGAUCCUGGUGGUAUUUUGAAUGUAAAGUAUUCUUGUUUCUAUAGUAGCAUAGAAGAUAUAGUGAUGCACAAAAUUAUUACGUACUGUCACAGUUUUUUGGUGGUAUGGCUGGUGCUGUUAUAGUCCACUCUCAGUCCUACAAUCUAUCUCACGUGUUUUUAUAAAUGUUUCCUAAAUCAUUCCACUUCGACGUUUUGUCCACACUGAUGCAGAUCAACGUUAAAGCGGUUAAAGACUAUAGUCACUAAAACAUUCCACUCUACACAGGAUGUCUUUUCAUUCACAGAAAUAGCAGCCUGUAAAGGAAAACUCACAAUAUUACAAGUAUGAUAAGUUUACACCUCCUACAGUAUCAACAUUCACUAUGAUGUGAAGUUGAAGUCUUAUUCUCUGAGUAGAUUUCUAGGCAUCACUUUCUAGUAAUUCCAUUUAAAACACUUUAUUCCUCCAAUUCAAGGCAAGUGAGCAAUGCAUCAACAAAUAAAAAAAUGUUUAAAUAAUAAAUAUGAUGUUUGUGUUGCGAGGACAUUAAAGCGGCAACUUCUGCAGCACUAUAUUACAGCUCGGUAAUAAUAUACGUUUGAUAAUGAGGUAAUAAUUAAGUUGAACAAAGCUGCACAAAGGUACCAUGAACAUUUUUUCACUUCAUUUCCAAUCACUUCUUGCUGCUGGGAGUAAGCCAUGACAUCUGUGCAGAGCAGUUGCACUGACUUCACUGCAGGGCACUCGGUAAUUGAUGCUCACACUAAUGAAGCUUCCUUUUUCUGAGCAAACUUUGAGGAGACCUCUUUGUUUAACAUCUCGUUACUGCCUGUGCACAGCGGGCUGCAGCUGUGUGCGGCAUUCAUCAGAAAACUGAGAGGCUUUUUCAAACGUGCACUGAUUUAUUCGCUUCUUUCGCGUAGCAAUAAGUUCGCUGCUCGAAGACUGGCUGCUCUGGAGCUUGUUUUCUCCUGAAUGGUCAGACAGGGUCUUCCUCAGCUCCUCGCUUUUGGCUUGGUGAGCGCUGGUUUAUUUUGGGACAGAAACAGGAAAUGAGUACAGUAUGAGCGGGCAGCGAGAAGUGCAGUUUGUCAGAACUUGAGCCAGUGCGAUGCAUCGUUACUCCAGUAUUACAACAGAACAAAUGUGUACAAAUAAUGUGUAAUUGUGUUGACCGGGUGUGUUUUUUGGAUACUGUUUUUGUGUUUUCUAUUAACUGGUGGUGAGCAUCCAUUUGUAACGCUACAGUAAUAAUGUUAAUAUGCACCAUGUAAAGAAAAUAACUCAGCAGUAUGUUUCAUGGAUGUGGACACCAGAUGUGUUUUUGGCUCCUCAGUUAGAAUUAUGGGGGAGGGAGAUGAACAACUCAAGGCUUCCUGAAUUAAAGGGCUCUAAACAGGGAGAACUUUGUGUGUGUGUGUGUGUGUGUGUGUGUGUGUGAGUGUUUGUGUGUGUGAAGGGAGCUGAGCUGGGAGUGUGCACAUUAGCAGGAUGUUGUGUGUUUUCCAGCUGUGUAUUAGGAUUUCUGCACUGUUGGGUGCAGGUACAUUAUGAAUAGGGAUGGGAAUUGAUCAAAUGCUAUCCGAUUCUUUAUCCAUUCCCUUAUUGAUUCCUGAUUAAUUUCCUGUAAGGAAAAAAAGUAGGUCUGCACGCUUUUAUUUAGCUUCAAUGCAACUUUUUUUAAUCAUUUCUGAACACAGGGUAGAUGAAAUUAGAGAAUAUUUGUACAGGGUUUAGAGCCCACCGAUAUGUAUCAGUCUGAUGAUUCUUGCUGUAAAUGCUGCUUGGGUAAUUUAGAAAUCUUGAAAGCAGCACAAAAUGAGAGACAAAAAGCUGCCCUCAGCAAUGUCAACUCUAUAGUGUCAUUCAACACCGGGGACAAGUCGCUAAAGUCACUGCAGCAAAAUGCAGCUGAUGUCAAAUUUGCAUUUUGGAACAUAAACUACAAAUGCGAAUUUCUAACCCUAACUCCCAGCCCAUUCAGCCUGUGCUUAAAGAGGGCUGUAACUGUAAUGUUAGUUGUGUAUUUAAUGGCCAGUAUAUUAUCAUAAUUUUUAUUUACUCCCUAAUAUCUGUAUCAGCAUUGGCCUCAAAACUUCAGUAUUGGUAAGGCUCGAUUCAUUUAGGUUUUCUUAGCCAAAGAAAAACAUCUUCUAAGCUUGUCUGUGUUGAGUUGACGUUAAAUAUAUUAUAAUACAGAACAUUUAUGCUCUGUAACAGACCUUCUGAUUGGUUGGAAGCAGUGGCACUUGGGCACCAAUAAAAAGAAUAUGAUACCAAUGAAUCGGACUAUUUAGAACCAGUUCUCGAUUCCCAUCCCUAAUGAUAAGCUGGUGUGGUACUUGAGCAUACUUAUGUGGUACUGUUGCACUUUAAAAAAAGGUGUUGGGGUUCACUUAAGGGACUCACAACUGCUGAGUAUUCCAUUAAAAAAAAACAUUUUCGCUACAUGAGCUCAGAAAACCUCAACAUAUAUUGUGUUUGUUCCUGAAAUAUAAUGUUAACGACAACAAGCCCCAGCUCCCGAUCUCCUAAUGAUCCCAUGUACUUUAAAGAUCCUGGAAAAUGUUCAUUCUCGUGCUAAGAUGAUGAUGAUAUUAAUUGUUCAUUAAACCUUUAAAAAUGCAACUGAAAACUGAAUGUCACUCUUCCUGAUUGUAAUCUGAUGCUAAAUGCCCAGGUGGAAAUACUCAUUUAUAAUUUAUAAAAUAGACCUCCCUUUAUACUCUGUUAAAAAAUGAAGGUGAUUGAUCUUAAACAGUUUAUUUGACCCAGGACUGUAUGUUGGCCUGCUUCUGGACUUUGGAUGUAUAUAUUUAUAAAGCGACACCACAAGAGGAAUAAGAAGCUGAGUUACAAGCAUUUUGUUGUGCAUGUAAGCUAGUACCUGGCAUUUUGUAUCCAUGAGCGACUGAGCUAUUAUAUUGCCAGUUUUCUUCCAGUCAAGCAUGCUUUUUCUUUUGUUUUCCAUCUGUUGUAGCUAUCAGGUGUUUCAAGGGCAGAUUUUCCUGUUGACCUGUUAACCUUUUAUAGUCUAGAAGAUUCCAGCACCAAAUUAAAAAUCAUCACCUCAGACACUAAGUACUACUAGUAGUACUACAACUUCCCCCCAGGACAUUUAACAACACAAUGACUUUCUAAAAAGUGCUAAAAACCUACAUGACAUGUUGUGAGAGCGGCUACAUCAUUAUGUCCAUUUCUGCUGUGUCCUCUGAGUAGAAGUAGGCUUGCUAAUGUGUUGUGUGGUUGUUCAUUUUUAUCAUUUCUAUUUAUUACAGUGUAACCAGCAGGGUUGUGUGUGGUAACGUCAUACCUACUGUAUUGGUAACGUACUAAUUCUCGCUGUUUUUAUGAAGGCAUCUUGAAAAGUUGAGUUUUUUAUAACGAUGAAAGUAGCUAAGGUCAGAUAUUGCAUAUUGUAUCUCCCUGUGUGACACGAAGAAACGUGUGAAACGAGUUUUCGAUCAAAGAUUAUUUCCUUUUUUAAGCAAAAAAAAAAACAAGGUUAAGCGUCAUUUUGACUCGUGUGUUUUUACGAGAUGUACCAAGUCUGAGGAUCACCAGGGUGUUCGUGUUUGAUCUUCUGGAAGUCUUUCAUGUUAUCCAGCAUCAGUUUGGCUGUUUGAUUCGCAGCUGAGCAGCUCUCUGUUCGCCACAAGAAAGCUGCUGCUCUUAAAAAAAAAAAGGAGCAGUUGUAUUUAUGACAUGAUGCAAAGUCCUGAAAUAACCAGAGAUGA